UUUGUGACAGAAUAGCUAAGGCCAAGGCCCAAAUGUUCAAAACUAGUUUCACAAUCGAUCAAUAUUUGACACUAUACCCUAAAACUUCGCCAAUAAUUUUCUUCUCAGUGUGAAAAUGAAGCUAACAGAGUCAUCGGAGAGCAAUGCUGAUGCUGGAAAUGAUUUUCCCCUUAAAUCCGAUGAUCACGAAUCAGUUCCAGUUGAGGUUCAGGAUCGUGUAGAAGCGGUUCCUCAUCCUGGCACUGAGGGUUCUUUGAAAGAAGGUGAGAUUCAAGAUGAAAAAACUUUGGGUUUGAGUUCGGAAAAAGAAGGAGAAUUAGUUGAGAAUGGUUUAAAGGAAGGUGAAAUUCCAGAUGAAAAAACAUUGGGUGUGAGUUCAGAAAAUGGAAGAGACUUAUUCGAGGUAACUCACGAAUCUGUGGUUUCUGAUGCUAAAUGGGUUUCCUCAAGUCCCAAUAAUGGAUUAGCUUCAACGGCUUCAGAGUGGCCUUCCCUCAACUCUAAUCCAUAUACUUACCCUUAUUCUCCUGUGGGGAACGAAGAAGCAAUUGUUGCAGUUUUGCAUUUGCAGCACAAUGCAAUUGAUGUUUGCCAAAAGUUCUUAGCUCCCGAGGAUGGUUCCGACAGUGAUGAGGAUGUAGUUGAAGACGAGGAUGAGGAUGAAAGUGAAGAUGAGUUGGUAGAAAAUUGUGAUGAAGAAUCUGAACAUUAUAAGUUCUUUGAAAAGGUGUUUGCUGAAGAUGCUGGCUUGAAGAAAUAUUACGAGGACAAUUGUAAGAAAGGAGAUUUUUAUUGUUUGGUUUGUGGUGGUAUUAAGAAGAAAAUGUGGAAGAGGUUUAAGGACUGUGUUGCACUGAUUCAGCAUUCAACUACUGUUCUAAGGACGAAAAGAAAGCGAGCUCACCGGGCUUAUGCACAAGUUGUCUGUAAAGUUGUUGGUUGGGACAUGAAUCAGAUAUCAGCAAUUAUGUUGAAGGAUUUGGAUUCUUCUGUAGCAGCUUCAAAGAAGCUUUUGGCUGAACCUGAAAAACCAGUUCCUGUGAGUGGCGUUGAUGAUCAAAAUGCUGAACCUGAAAAACCUGCUGCUGUGAAUGGCGCUGAUGAUCAAAAUGGUAAACUUGUUAAUUCUGUUGAUGACAAUUAGGAUGUUCUUGAUGAAAAGUGAAACCAAAAUGAGUAGGAAUAUGGUUUGUAGAGAGACCAUUGCUGUUCUUCACAAAACUGGGGGGGCUUGUUGGUUUGUGACUCAAGAUCUUUGUCUAGGGAAUUUCCUCUGUGCACUAACUAAGGGAUGAUUUUGUAAAUACUUGCAUCUCAAACUCCAUGAAUCUCAAAAUGCAAUGCUUAAAUUGCAAGUGGUUAUUCUCA